UCAACAUUUACUGUAAGCUCAGAGAGAGGGUUAGAGUGAGCGUGAUAAGGUGAUAGGACGAGUGUGAGUGAGAGAAAUCGCAAAGGUAAAGAGAGAUUUAUCUGAAAGUGAGAGACGAACUGACUGUGACUGACUCAACAUUAUCUCAACAAACGCAUCACUUGAAAAGCCAUAGGAUACUGAAAAGACAGAGAUGAGGGCUGUGGCAGUCACCCUCUGGGCCGUGGCUGCGUUAUUGGGAUUCCAUCAGAGCACCCCCUCCUCCUCAGAAAUCCAUACCAUUAUUGUCAACCUCUCCUCCAAAAACAUAUCCGCUGUUCCCAGAAACCUACCUCCAUGCACCGAAGCCCUGGACCUCUCCCAGAACAACAUACACAAACUUGGCCAUGAGGAUUUCCAAGUCACAACUCACCUGAGAUUCCUCAACUUGUCUUGGAAUGUCUUGGAGGAUAUCGAUCCGGAGACGUUUCAUCCCACUCCGCUCCUGGAGAGUCUGGACCUCUCACACAACCAGCUCCAGAACUUAUCUGAUCAACGGUACUUGCUGUUAGCGCUGAACCUCAGAGACCUAGAUCUGACCUUUAACAUGUUCCACACCAUGACCCUGGGGGUGGAGUUCCACAGCCUGACGAAGCUGGAGAGACUGGGGCUCGGAGCAAAAAUCAUCAGGGUGGAGGAUUUCAUCAACAUCACUGACUUACACCUGCAAACUUUGACCCUUCGUCUGGAGUAUCUCACAGCCUAUGAGAGUGGCAGCCUGAGUGACGUCCAGGCGGAGAAGGUCAGCAUCGGCCUGACGAACAAACCCACCGAUCGAAAUCUGAUCGCAGACGCCCUGUUGAUGUUCAACGAGGUUGAGCUGAUGGGUAUGAACUUCAAUGGCUUGGUAGCCAGUUACCUGGUGGAACUUGUGAAGGAGAGAAGGGCAGUCAACACCACACAUCUUUACCUGACAAAUAUGGCCAUCACCUGGAAGCACCUGACAAACACCAUAAACGCAGUGUUCGAAUCCCCCAUCAUCCACCUGAGCACUUCAGACGUGGCCAUCCACAUUCCACCUGUGAGUGACACCCCAGGAAGAAACACGUCCCACACUAAAUCCUUCUCUGCCAGGCGAGCGGGGGUGGUUAGCUUUUUCUUCUCCCUGGAAGUCCUCUGUAACUUCUUCAUCAACAUGCCGGUGGAGCGUCUGGCGAUGACUGAGACAUCCAUCAUACACAUGACCUGCCCCAAGUUGCCCAGUGGGAUACUGCAGCUAGACUUCUCAGAUUGUGCCUUGGCUGAUACGGUCUUCUCCAGAGUAGAACAGCAAAUCACUGUAGAGUGUACAACCCUGAAUAAAGUAAACAUCCUGGUUCUGAGAGGGAACAACCUCAGGUCCCUUCAAACCCUGAGCAAGAGGGUCCAGAACAUGAUCUCUCUGCGUCACCUGGACCUCAGCCUCAACUCGUUGGUUUACAGCGGCCAGGAAUGCCACUGGCCACCGAACAUUGUCCACCUGAACCUAUCUUCCAAUGGGCUGAGUGAGUCGGUAUUUAGCUGCCUGCCGAAUGGCACUGUCAGCCUGGACCUCCAGAACAACCAGAUCUCCACUGUACCAGAGACCCUGCUGGCCCUGGACUCCCUCCUGGCCCUGGACCUGAGUGCCAACCGGCUGAGGGACCUCCCGGUGUGCGCUGGAUUCCCACACCUUAAGUAUCUCCUUCUCAGGGAAAACUCCCUCCAUGCCCCAUCUGUGAGAGUUCUGGAGACUUGCCCUGUUCUACAGGUUCUAGAUGCCAGCCGAAACCCCUUCACCUGUACGUGUGGCCUGAGGGGCUUCAGCGAUCUGGGUGCUGGGACUGGCCUGGGCAGCGGACACCCUGCAAUCCAACUUCUCCACUGGCCAGGAGCCUAUCGCUGCAGCUAUCCCGAAGCCUGGAGGAACUCCACACUGGAGGGCUUCCAGAUCCCUGAGAUCUCCUGCAAUGUCGGCCUGCUGGCAACGGCCAUCUUGUGCCCGGCAGUGGCUGUUAUCAUUGUUAUGAUGACUCUGUGCCACCACCUGGACAUUCCAUGGUACCUGGGCAUGAUCUGGCAGUGGACCCGGGCAAAGCACCGUGCCAGGACCCAGCAGGUCCGACCCGAGGAACUGGAGGGGGUGGUGUUCCACGCCUUUGUGUCCUACAGCCAGCAUGAUGCAGAUUGGGUCAAGGACCAGCUCUUGCCUAAUCUGGAAGGCUCCGGCGGGGGCCUCCACAUCUGCCGCCAUGAGAGGGACUUCGUCCCGGGGAAGACGAUCGUGGAGAACAUCAUCCAAUGCGUGGAGAGGAGCCGGCGCUGUGUGUUCGUCCUCUCUCGCCACUUCGUCCGGAGCGAGUGGUGCCACUAUGAGCUGUACUUUGCCAGCCACCAGCGGUUGACCCGAGGGUCUGACAGUGUGAUCCUGGUGCUCCUGGAGCCUCUGCCUCAGUACAUGAUCCCCUCCAAGUACUAUCAGCUAAAGGCCAUGAUGGGCAGACACACCUAUCUGGAGUGGCCCCAGGACAGGGGCAAGCACAGGCUGUUCUGGGCCAAUCUCAGGGCUGCACUGCAGGCUGACCUGCCCACUGCACCUGUACGAGACGACGUGGAUGAGUGAGAGGGAGAGAGAAAAUAAGACAAAUUGGGGUAGAAAAAUAUUGAUAUAUUUCUUUAAUGUUAUCUAGAAAUAUCAAAAAUAAUCUCACAUUUGUCAACUUUCCAACAAUCUCACAAUUAUUUAGAACGUCUUUUUUUCUAUACACUUCAUAAAAUGCUGCCGAUUGGAUCAUCUCUAAAUAAUCUGAGUAUCAAAGCCAAUGACAAAUUUUCAAACGUCGCUUUACACACGUGUGUUCUGGCUCUGGCCCAACCCAUUGGUUCUUGGGACCAAUCCAUUCCAGAAAUUGUUGUGGAGGUACUCAAACCAGUCUCAUUGUGGAGAAGAAAAGUAUGUCUGUGGGCGUGCCAUAGCGUUUGGCCGGAGCAAAGAGUUUGGGUAGCCAGGCAACACAAAAUGAUCCAAAAAUGAAAAAUAAAACAGAAUCCUUCCCAAGUACAGAACCUUCUCAUGUUAGCAAGAACAUCCUUUGAAAGUCAUUAUCUAAUUUUAAGGCAAGUAGUACAACAAGGGGGAAAAGUACAGAAGAUUUUACGCUCAUGAGUAACGUUAGCACCACAGAUAAACCCUAGAAAGAGGGUAACAAGUAAUUUAUCUCUUUCUAAUUAUUGUUAUUUGGUCAUAGAGGGGGUCAGGAGUUCAAUUGUCAGGUCUGAUGGAAGACGACGAUGCUCUUCUGGGCACACAAGCGGCACAGCGAACAACGUUUCACUGUGGACAUUAGACCCAUGAGCCAAAUGUCAGAUGUCCAAGUGUCAAAGUUGAAGGGGUCAGAGGUCAGGGCAGGGACUGGAUGAUGAUGAUCUUCUCAUUGACACAGAAGCGGUGGAGGACAGUGUGCAGGUUCUCCGUGCAGAGUGACACCUGUCUCUCUACGGCCAGACGGAAGUCCUCCUUCACCCCCUUAGGGAUGCCACACGUCACUGUACGGUGCCUACAUGGCAGAGGAACACAGACAAUGGGUGUGUAUGAGAAAGAAACGCUUUCUAACAUUUUCUUCACAUGAAUCAUUUUAUAAAUCAGACACUGUUUAUUUUUGUCCAAACCUCUAUUGCAACAGGUGAGAAAACACAAAUUUAUCAAUGAGAAAACUGUGAGAAAACACAAAUGUAUCAAUGAUCAAAAUAAAUAAAAAUUACACAACAUCAAGGAAACAACUUUUCCUCACAUACAGUCUUCAAAUUGAGUGAGAGUAUCAGGUAUCUACCAAGAAGGCAAAAUUUUGACGGGAAGAUUCAACAACGUCAAAAACAAUAACACAUAGUCAAACAUGAAUGUUCACAAAUGCAAUGACAACUAGAGAUAACAUUUUUUAUUGAAAUAGACUUCAAAAACAUCAGUAACAACCACAUUAACGGAUGCAAUGGGUCAAACAUGAAAAUGUGAAAAAAUAUGAAAUUUUCAUGAAAACAUGAAACAUAAAACACAACAAGGACUCGAUGAAAACGGCAGACAGAAAAUGUAAAUGAGGUUUGGGGCUGAGGGAUGGAGAGAGUGUUUGGCGUAGGGGUUCUGGGCAGGGGUGCCUGUCGGUCGUCUGCACCCCAGGUAGCAGCAGGGUGUUUAAUGUGAUUUGAGAAGCUAUAAGAGAUAAGAGUUUUUUUUAAUAACUUUGCACAGUGAGUAGUCACCGCCCUGAGUGAGGUCAGAGAGUGUUAGCCUGCCGGAACCGCCCCUUUCCUUCAAACUGUACAAAUGAUGGGUUAAGAAAUUAACAUACCAGACCAGAAAGACGUGCAGCUGCACGUUUAAAGUGGUUUGAACUUUGAAUCUCAACACGAGGUAGAGACGAUAAACUCCCUUCCUGGACAAUCACUGAUAUGGCUGAUUAGUUGUCCUAAGUAAAGUAUCUUCGAAAGUGAAUUUACAUAGGACCAUUCUGUCACUCUGCUCAAACCAUCAUAUUAUGCUAUUCUCAUCACCCCACUGGGGAACCAUCGACACGGCUGGCUAGUCUAUCUUCAAAGAAGCAUCUUCAAGAGUGAAUGGGAGGAAAGUCAACUCUGUAGUUCUGUUCAAGACUACACAACAAGUCCCCGGGUACGACAACUACGGAGAAGGACAACAGUAGAAGACUUGUCGGAACCAUUUUGGACAAUCAGAGCCUUACAAGCGUGCUGCCAAAAGGCCCAACUCCCUUUCCAAGGCUGCCUUGUUCACGAGAGAGAUACCUGGCGAACCCAGGCAUUUCACGUAAAUACAUUAAUGAUUUCUAGACAUUAAUGCAAAGUAUAUGGUUACUGUAGGUGAGAGUUGUUUCUGAAUGUACCAAUGUUAAGUGUCUCUCUCCCUCUCCAUCUCUUCUUUAACAAGCAGCUAUGUUGCUGUCAUUCCGCUAGGGACCUGUUUUUAGCGUAUUAAGUCCCCAGUCAAUAACCGAUGCAAAGUGUGUAUGUUUAUCCUGUUUCCCAUUUAAUUAGCUAGUAAUAAAUAAUUAAACCAAUUUGUGUAGUACUGAAUCAUAAGUAAGGCUCUGUUUUUUUCAGAUGCAAGGUUUCGACUGCUCAGAAUGAUAUAAUGCGAGGUUUUGAUUAAUAAGUUGACUGUUUAUAGAUGUGAUAGGUAAAGACCUUUUCGGGAGAUGGUAACUCUUUAAAGAACUGCUCUCGUGGUGCCCCAGAUCCUAAUGAGUUAAUUGUUACAUGAUUAAUUUAAUUGGGUAACAAUUAUACAUAGUUAGUUCAUUCGAAAAAUAACCGUUUUCAAAUUAAUAUUAAAGUCGAGUCACGACACACGGUAUCAUGGACUCCAUCAAGUACCAGCAGAUAUUAAAUCAGAACUUGACUGCCUCUGCUAGGAAGCUUAAACUGGGCUGUGGUUGGAUCUUCCAGCAGGACAAUGAUCCAAAGCACACCUCAAUAUCAACAAAAAAAUGGUUCACUGACCACAGAAUCAAGAUUUUGCCAUGGCCAUCCCAGUCCUCUGACCUAACCCCCCCAUAGAAAACCUGUGGGAUGAGCUGAAGAGGAGAGCGUUGCCUAUGAGCAAACAACGUUGCCUAUGAGCACAAACACACCGUCGCUGGACCAGACAGGACUGGCAAAAAGUGCUCUUCACUGACGAGUCGCGGUUUUGUCUCACCAGGGGUGAUGGUCGGAUUCGCGUUUAUCGUCGAAGGAAUGAGCAUUACACCGAGGCCUGUACUCUGGAGCGGGAUCAAUUUGGAGGUGGAGGGUCCGUUAUGGCCUGUGGCGAUGUGUCAUCGGACUGAGCUUUUUGUCAUUGCAGGCAAUCUCAACGCUGUGCGUUACAGAGAAGACAUCAACCUCCCUCAUGUGGUACCCUUCCUGCAGGCUCAUCCUGACAUGACCUUCCAGCAUGACAACAUCACCAGCCAUACUGCUCAUACAGCCAUACUGCUCAUUCCGUGCAUGAUUUCCUGCAAGAUAGGAAUGUCAGUGUUCUGCCAUGGCCAGCGAAGAGCCCGGAUCUCAACCCCAUUGAGCACGUCUGGGACCUGUUGGAUCGGAGGGGGAGGGCUAGGGCCAUUCCCCCCAGAAAUGUCCGGGAACUUGCAGGUGCCUUGGUGGAAGAGUGGGGUAACAUCUCACAGCAAGAACUGGCAAAUCUGGUGCAGUCCAUGAGGAGGAGAUGCACUGCAGUACUUAAUGCAGCUGGUGGCCACACCAGAAACUGACUGUUACUUUUGAUUUUGACCCCCUCUUUGUUCAGGUACACAUUGUUCCAUUUCUGUUAGUCACAUGUCUGUGGAACUUGUUCAGUUUAUGUCUCAGUUGCUGAAUCUUGUUAUGUUCAUACAAAUAUUAAGUUUGCGGAAAAUAAGCAGUUGAUAGUGAGAGGAUGUUUUUUUGUUGUUGUUGGGUUUAUGCGUAUGAGAACCCAAAAAAGUGAUUUUGUUCAGAAGUUAUAAAAAUGUACAUCUAGGCUAUGUUGCAUGGGUGCAGAUGGCGAUGGCUUUCUUACUGCCGUCAAGAGUCGCACGCAUCUGUGUGUGACGUCAGUGUGUUGUGUACCGGAAAAGGGUCUAUAUUUGUAUUAGAGGGGUAUUCAUUCCUUUUUGAUAGGCUAACAUUACUUGAUGAAGAGGCGUUGUUAGCUUUAGCUGGCAGUAACUAUACUGAACAAAAAUAUAAAUGCAACAUGUAAAGUGUUGGUCACAUGUUUCAUGAGCUGAAAUAAAAGAUCCCAGAAAUUGCCCUCAAA